GGAGCAGGGAGCCGCCGCCGGCCAUGGCCUGGGACACCGCCCCGCGGCACAGGGGGUUCGUGGACAAGGAGAACAUUCCCUGCGGGGCCGGGAACCUGGAAGAACCGGCGGCGGCUGGCCCGGAAGUGGAAAAGACCCAGGCGAGUCCCUCGGACAAGAGGCAUCCCAAACACUCCAAGCCCGGGACCAAACUAGGCAGGCCCACCGAGCACCAGGACAGCCCGGGGUUUCCAGCCAUGAAGAUCCCGGAGCCGCCCGACCCCGGCCCACCCAGAUGCCACCACGGGGACCGCCACCCGAGCGACCACCGCCCCCCGCCAGGGCAGCAGAGCGAGCCCGAGGCAGCCCGGCCGGCCGAGGAGCGGCCCCCCGGCCCAGAGGCCGCCCGGGUGUCACUGCCGUGGCAGCGGGAGGCCGUGGCGGCGGACGAGGACGUGGCGCGGUCCUCCCCCCAGGCCGGGGGCCUGCUGGGCCAACUGCGGGAUGACCACAGCGACCCUCUGCUGUCCCCCCGCUCCCUGGCCUGCGGGCACGGGCAGCGCUUCCUGGACGACCCCGACGCCCCUCCCUCGCCCCCCAACUCGCACUCCUUCAUGCGGCGGCGGAGUUGGUCGGUGGGCUCCUGCGAAGACCUGCGGGAAGACUUGUCGCCCGCCCAGCUGACUCACAGGAUCCAGGGCCUCAAGAAGAAGAUCAGACGGUUCGAGGACCAGUUCGAGGAGGAGCGGAAAUACAGGCCGGCCCACAGCGACAAGGCGGCCCACCCCGACGUCCUCCGCUGGACCCACGAGCUCGCCAAGUGCCGGAAGCAGCUGAGAGACUCCAGGCUGCGGCUGUCGGAGGAGGACUGGGCCCCGGCCCCGAUGCGACAGCGCAGUCACACGCUCCCCCGGAGCUUCGGGUCGCAGCUGGAGCGGACGGCGGCCGUGACGACGGCGGAGGGGAUGGGCUGGGGGCCCGAGGCGGCGGACGGGCCCGACCGGGAGCCCACCCUCUACCCCCUCCGGACGACGCUGCGGGACGCGACGGGUCGUUCCCAGGAUGCCCAGGAUGUGACGCGGAAGCCGAUGGCGGCAGAGAAGGCGGCUCUCCAGAAAGCCCUGCUGUGCUCGGAGGGCAUCCUCGGCCGGCCGGGGACGGAGACGGAGCGUCCGGCCCCGAGGCCGCCGCCGCCGAGCGACCGCUACCGCGGGGUCAAGCGCAUCCCGCCCCGGCCCGACCCCAUCCCGGUCCUGGGGUCUCCUGCCAGCAAGCCCAGAAGCCCCCUGCUGCAACCCAUUAUCGAAGGGGAAACGGCUUUCUUCUUCAAGGAGACAAAGGAGGAGGAAGCGGAGGAGGACGAUGAGGAUGAGGAGGAGGAAGAGGACGGCAAGGAGACCCCAGAGGUCACCGUCCCCGUGACGACGACCUUCAGCCCGAACGGCCCCCCAGACCAGCUGGAGGGCCAGGUGGCCGGCGGGAUCCCCCCUGCGGACGAGAAGGUGUCCCCGAGAGGCGGCGGCGAUGGCGGCCGGGUCUGGCGCCUCUCCAACCUGCACGCCGCCCCCGUGCCCGAGCUCCUGGAACAGCUGCAGGAAGCGCGAGAAGAGAAGCGGAGGGUCCGGAAGAAACUGCGAGACUUCGAGGAUCUUUUCUUCAGGCGAAACGGAAGGACGGUCCAGAAGGAGGACCGCGGCCCCGCGGGCCAGGACUACGACCGCUACAAGCACCUCAAGGCCGAGCUCAAGCUGCUGGAGGCCCUCAUCACCAAGAGAGGCCUGGGACCCCCGGCCCUGUGACCGCCGACACGCCGACACAUACGAACGCGCGGAUGCACACGUGACCCGAGGGGACCCGCCGCCAUCGACCCAACCCCGGGGCUGACCGGAAAUCGGGCCUUCCCCGGGAGGAUGCGGUCGGCGGGCCCCGGGAUCUCAGGACCUGCUCUGGGGGAUCUCAGCCUGGGGGUCCACCGGAGGUCGGGGGGGGUCCCAGGGCCCCAUGUCCGGCGGAUGGGGUGGGGAGCAACAAGGCUAAGGGGAAGAGGCCGGAGCCGCCCCCGGACGAAGGGGUUUCUCGGGUGGUCGGCAGCCUCCUUCUCAGCUCCUGCCCCAUUGUUGGGGGGCAAGGGGGGUGUCUGAGUGGGGGAGUGACCUCUCCCACUGCAGGGCUGGAACUUUUUCCUGUCGGAUGCCUAGGGGGGCCCUCAUUAUCAGCUCCUGCCCCCGGGGUUGACUGGUGGCAUCCAGGGGAGCAAACCCGCCCAUUCCCGUGCCCAGGGCUUUUUCCAGUCAGACCCCCCGGGGGGAUGUGGGGAGGUGCCCUCGUUCUAGGUCCUUCCCGGCUUGGAGAGGGGAGAGCAUCCUGGGGCGUGACCCCCUCCCACUCCAAGGCCAGGACUCUCUCGGACUCUCCCCACCCUCCCACCCCAAUGCGGCAGGCCGGGCAACGGUGCACUUUAGCGCGUUUUGUAUUUUUUAAAUCUCCACGCGGACAAUGGAAGUCCGCCCAACCAAAAAAUGGUAUUUUUCAAGCACGCCUUGCCUACGCUCCCUUUCUAAAGAACGGCCAUCCUCCGGCCGAGUCGCCACCCGCCCGCGAGACCCCCACCCCUCGCCCCUUUGGAAGGAAAAACCCCGGCAGCCCGAGAGCCGCCCAGGUGAUUAAAUGAACAUCAA